AUGGACCCGGAAUCAUCUCUAUCAACGGAGCCAGGGCAAGAGACAUCCGUACAACCUUCUGAAAUCGAAGAUCCAAACAUGAUUUUUAAAAAUGGUCUCAGAAUUGCCAUUCAAGGUUGUGGACAUGGGGCGCUCGACCAAAUCUAUGCUACUAUCGAGCAGGCUUGUCGGAUACACUCUUACAAGGUCGACCUACUCAUAAUCUGCGGAGACUUCCAAGCCGUCCGUAACUCUCGUGACCUUCUUUCGAUGGCUGUUCCACCCAAAUACCGCCAUAUGGGUGACUUCUACAAAUACUACAACGGGUCUAAGGUUGCUCCCAUACCCACUCUAUUCGUCGGUGGAAACCACGAAGCUUCUUCACAUCUUUACGAGUUAAAUCUCGGUGGUUGGGUGUGCCCAAAUAUAUAUUAUAUGGGCGGUACCGGGGUUGUAAAUGUGAAUGGUAUCAGGAUUGCCGGAGCUAGUGGUAUUUACAACGAGAAUAAUUACAAGCGACCUCGGUACGAGAAGCCUCCAUUCGACGAUCGCUCUAUGCGAAGUGCAUACCAUUACCGGGCGCACGAGCUCUUCAAAUUGAAUGCCUUGAGUGGAGACGUGGGUAUAUUUAUCUCCCACGAUUGGCCUGAAGGUAUUACGAAAUACGGAAAUGAAGGGAAACUACUGGCAGUGAAGCAACACUUCAGAAAAGAAGUAGCGGAGGGCAGGUUGGGUAGUCCGCCAUUGAUGGGGGUUCUCAGAAAGUUAAAACCGACUUAUUGGUUUGCAGCUCAUAUGCAUAUCAAGUUUCCGGCGGUGGUGGAUCAUGGUGAGGCCCCGGGACUAACCUCCAAGAAUGAUCAGGGCGAUUGGACGCGGGGAGAAGAUACGUUAGAAGCGAAGAAUGAAGACGAAAUCGACUUGGAUAUGGAUGAUGAUAGUAUACCGCCAAAACAAGAAGAAAGAAAACAAGAACAACCUGUGCCUAAUACUCUACCGGAAAAUAUAACGCCAGCGCCUUCUUCAGUGCUUUACCCUUCUCCGCCGACAACAGGCACAAGAACCCACUUUCUCGCACUCGAUAAACUCCUCCCUCGCCGGGAUUUUCUCCAAAUUCUGACAGUCCCGUCUCGAAGCCCUUUACCAACAUCCAACCCCCUUCGUACUCGUCUCCUCUAUGAUCGCGAAUGGCUAGCCAUUAGCCGAGUUUUCGAGCCUUUGGACGUCUCUAGUGGGGUGGGCUUAAGCCAGUACAUGAAAUUUGCACAAAAUGGUAGACGAGUCGCAACAAGAAUCAACGAGGAACUUCAAUGGGUCAACGACAACAUUACGGACGAAAAUUUGGUAGUGCCGGAAAACUGGGAGCGGACAGCGAAGCUACAGUUUGAUGAGAAUACCAACGCCGCAAACCCACCGGACAGAUUUAACAACCCACAAACAGAAACAUAUUGCCAGUUGCUUGGGAUUGAUAACAAAUGGGCGCCGCUGCCACAUAUGAGGAUUUCCUUGUCACCAACACCACAAGAAGGUCGACUGCAAACAGCGGAUACACCGAACACAGAUGGAGACGGUGGUCCAAGCUCCACAAACUGA